AUGGGGCUUUUGGGAAAGGAAGACAGCAUGAAGCUGUUCGCAGUCCACGCAUUCCCAAACCAAAAACAUGCUCAAGUCAGCAAGGUAGUAGUGGAGCAAGUUGUGGAAAAGUGUGGGGGGCUUCCACUGGUCUUGAAGGUAAUUGGCAGAAGAAUGGCAGGCACACAAGAUUGGGACUAUGUUCUGAGCAAACUCAAGGAUCAACGACUUAUUGCUCUUGAUGAGGAACAACAGGUACUGCAGCGACUCAAGCUGGGUUACGAUGCUUUGUUGCCUCUUGGCAUCCAACAGCACUUUCUCUUCUUUGCAGCCUUUCCAGAAGACUGGCGAAUUUGA